AAGUCACUCGAAGCCGAGAUCGAGCAGUAUCGCAAGCUGUUGGAGGGUGAAGAGAGUCGUGCCGGUCUGCGUAAAGUCUUGCAAUCGAAGGAAAUCGGCGAUAUCAUCGAUCCUGUAAUAUCAGACCAGUUCUAUGGAUUUGGCAAAGUGUCCGCACCCGAUUUUGGCGAAAAGCCUCGCGCUUUUUUGAUCGAUGCAACAACUACACAUCAAGAGUACACACGUUUAGGUGGCGGUGGUGCAGGCUCAAACGUGUACACGACGACGAGCCUAACGAGAAGUUCAGCUGGUUCAAUGGGAGGCGGUGGCGUAUCGCUGCUGAGCGCAACUGCGCAAUCAAUGUCUUCUUCGGCAGCAGCAGCCACGACGACCACGACCACGACCACCGCUAAAUCAACUUCUGUCAUAAAGAGUCAAGCAGGUCAGAGCUGUGAAACACGGCACUUUUUUACUUUGGGGGGUGGAGGGGGGGUGGAGGUCGCACGCGAGCAAGCUCGCGUACAAUGA